UAAAGACUUAUGUGUGACUUUGAAGCUUCCUAUGCGAUCUUGAAGUCUUUUACGUACUCUUGAGGGUUUUUAUAUGAUAUUUUGAAGCUUCCUGUGUGAUCUCAAAGGUUUUUAUAUGGUCUUAAAGCCUAUUAUGUAAUCUUAACGCCUCCUGUGGGAACUAGAAUCCUCCUACGUAAUAUUGAAGUCUUCUAUAUGGCCACGAAGGCUCUUGUGUGAUACCAAAGUAUGAUCUUAAAACCUCCUGCGUAGUGUUGAGACCGUCUGUGUCUCCUUGAAGCCUCCUGUGUGUUCCUGAAGCCUCACGUGCUAUUUUGAAGUCCGCUGUUGUCAUGAAGCUCCCUAUCUGACCUUCAAGAUUCAGAAACAAUACGAACUUUGGGUUAAUAAUCCGCUGCUUCGCCUCAAUAAUACCUGAGGUUUUAUACAGGUGGAAGGUUGGCGUGUGUGUCAGGUGAAGGCUACGUGCGUGUGUUGGAUAUAAUAUAUACGUGACUAGCCUAUGUAUAAUACCAUCACCAUAUCUUGAGGGCAACGCCGUAGUUACCUCUCUCGCUCAUAGGAAGAAAAUAAAAGAGAGGCAUGUGUAUAUUUGUGUUGCUAAGUGGUUGCAAUGCAUCGUGUUUCAUCCCUGAAAAACAAACAUACACUCUCAGGCUCCUAAUUAGCAACAAAACUUCUUCAAACACGCCAAGGAGGAGGGACAGCACAUGUGUUUACUCUCCCGGCUCCCUUCUGACCCUGCGGCUGCGUCACACUCACCCUCGUACUGAAACUGAGACUCAAAGAGGCGUCGACGUGGCGGCUGCUGGCCCGUCUGGCAGCGCGUGAGUCACGGUGAUGCCCGGCAGGUGUCUCGAGGGCCUGCUGAGGCUCGUGGCUGCAGUGGCGGCGGCGGCGGUAGCGGGAGUGGCAGUGGAAGUAGGCCAGCAUAAGUCCUCCCAGCCUCUGACCUCCCUUGCCGCCCCCUCCACGGCCUCCACCUCGCGGCCGACAGGCACACGGAUGGAGGGCGCCGCCAAGAUGUCCCUCGCCGCGACAUGGGACAACACGAGUGAUGAAAACAACGGCGAGGUGGUGAGCGAGGGAGGACCCAGGAACACACAGGGAGAGCAUUACGUAGACACAAUCCAUGGUGAUGGCAAGAAUGGAUCAGCUUUACGUUUCACCAUCAAGAAAAGGAAUUGUAGUGACGGGGGUGAUGAUGACCCAGGCGUUGAACCCAAGUGCGAGGAGGCGGACAAUGAGAGUGGUGAGGAAUGGAGGGAGUGUCCAGGGCUGGCGAGGUCACGGCUGGCGGAGGCGGGCUUCAGGCGGGCCGUGUCCCUAGGUCAUGAGCAAUGCGCACGGCUGUGGUGUGAGCGCGUGGAGGGCGUGGAGGAGCGGCGUCACGGCGGCGGCGUGUACCACAUCGCCCAGCUGGGUCACGUGGCGGAGCACGAGCACGAGUGUCUCCUCAACAUCAGCCGCAUGAUCGUGCUGCACCACUCCUGGCCCAUGUGCACCAGCGACUUCGUGUGCGCCACCAACCACUCCACCUUCGAGAUGUCGGCGGCGGACUGCAUGCCGUGGCAGUGCUGGGCGGCGGAGACGGUGGUGUUGGUCUUCAUGGUGCUGGUGUCCACGGGCAUCGUCGCCAUGUCCGUGGUCAUCAUGUCAGUCAUCAUCGCCUGCCCACAGUUCCACAAGCCCAAGUAUUACCUCCGCUUCUCUCUGGCGGCCACAGACUUUCUGAUUGGCGUGGUGGUGUGUGGCCACGCCGCCUACAACCAGUGGGUUGGGCUCACGGAGAUCCCUUUCGGUAGGUUUAUCAACUACGCCAACCUCAAGGCCGGCCAGCUGUUCCGACACGUUCCGAACUGCCUUUGGGGCGUGUCUGACGUCCUCACGCAGAUCAGUGGCUUCUUCGUCUCCUCCAACAUGAUCAUUUCACUCUACACCCUCUCCUUCAUGAGCCUGGACCGUUACCUGCUGCUCACACGUACGCACUACCGCUCGCUCGUCACCUCGCGCCGCGUAGCCGUCGCUCUUUUCAUAUCGUGGAGCUGCGGCCUCAGCGUUCCUUCUCUCCACUUCGUCUACCGGCCGCAGAAGCAGCACGACAUCUGCGUCAACUACGACACGUCAUCGUUGGACGUGCACAUCAUCAACAACGAGAGCAAGAUCGCCACGGCAGACUACAAGGUGUACCUGAAGCACGCCGUGCCACUCAGCGUCACCGUGGUGGUCAUUGCCUUCCCCAUCAUCAUGCUCCUCGUCUUCUCCUGCAGAACGCUCCGCAAAUACAACUCGUACACGCGGGACCGGUCGGUACGGCAGGUCAAGUCAGCGCUGCAGCUCACGCAGAGUCACUGCUCCCUCUCCCGCCAGGUGAGCAGCACGAGCCUGGCAGCCAUGGUGGCCCUCAGCCCGCUGGCCACUCCCGACAGGCAGCACCUGGCCUCCGCCCGCUCCGCCGCCGCCUGCUGCACCUCCUCGCCGCCCUCCUACAAACUCAAGUUCAUCUUCAGAAAGAGGAAACCUCCCGAGGCGCCCGAGGAGAAGAUGUACGACGCCAAGAUGGCCGCCACGUCCCCGUCCCUGCCGCGGCGGAUCAGCGAUGGGACGACAGAAACAGCGACGAAUGGAGUGGCGGAGAGGGAGGCGGAGAGAAGGGAGAACGGGCGGGGACGUGAGGGCAGCAGUGGAGGUGGUGAAGGUAGUGGUGGUGGCAACGGCGGCGGAGGCGGUGGCCAUGGUAGCGGUGGUGGCGGUGGCGGGCGGGAGUCGAUCUUGGGAGCGUUGGGUCUGCGGCGGCUUCUCGCGUCCCACUCAGCCCAUAGUGACCAAGUUGCCGCCACCAUACGACGACUUCGAGGGAGCGUGGUGCUGGGCGGGUGGGGAGCCGAGCGCAUGACAGGGCGGGACCGGGAGAUCACCUGCACCGUCUUGGUCAAUGUGGCCGUGUUCGUCUUCGCCUGCUUCCCCUUGCUGGCAGUGGGCGGCUGGAUGAUGUUCCUCUACUUCACGCAGCAGGAAAGCAUCAACAACCGCGCGCCCCUCAAGCAGCUCCUGUUCGUGGCUCCGUGGCUCAUGGCGCUCAACAGCCUCUGGAACGCCCUGCUGCACCUCGGCUACAAUCACAAGUUCCGCAGCGCCGCGGGGCACCUCAUCAAGGCCGCCUUCAUGAAGCUCUGUCGACUCUUCGGCGUAUGCGAUAAGUGCUGAAAGAAAACGAAAGCAACUAUAUUAUAUUCUUUCUCCGUUGUGGUUCGUUGCACGCUGGGCGUAUCAUUGCCGUGGGUAGUAUUUAUUAAGAUGUUCAAUAUCCAGCGUCUACCUCGACGUCUGCGACUUUAGAGUGCUGUAAGGAAGGAAAGAUGGAGCGACGAGAGUAAAUUUAUUCAUGGGUUGUGUUCCCUCGCACAGUGUUCCUUUGACCAUCGUACUCUAGGCAUAUCAUUGUCGUAGGUUGUGUUUUAUUUGUCUUAUAUUGAUGUAGCUGUCCAGUGUUUCCUCCGGCGUCUGCGGCAAGAGCUGAAAGGA